GUCCCCGCGAGCGCAGCACCGGAGACCGUGGCGCUCCAGGGCCUCCCGCAGCACGCCGCCGCCGCGGCGCCGAGCGCGCCGCGGCCGUUGCGGGAGGGGCCGCUCGGAGGCGCUGCCCGCGACCCGCCGGCGUGCAGCGCGCUGGGGCGGGCGGCGAGCGCGGGGGAUGCCCUGAUGAUGACCAGCAAGGGCCUCGACCAGAGCUGGGGUGCCGACCAGCCCGAGGAGCUUGCCAGGGCGCUCGAUGGCACCCUUCUCGAGGACGAGUCGGCGCCGGCGGCACCGGUGUGCCCGCCGCCGCCCGAGAGCCCGCAGGGCACGUCCAAGGCGGAGGUCGCCGAGUCGCCAGGCCGGCAGGACCUGUCGCCGGAUGGUAACAUGUACCUCGAGGACUUCAGCGACGCCGUGGCCGUGCGAUGUCUGGGGCCGAACAACGAGGUGCCGGAGAGGGUACCUCGGAACCUGAUCUAUGACUUCGAUCAGCCCCCGUCGGCGGGGACACUGCGCAAACGGAUGCAGGAGCGAGCCUACGCCGCCGGGCUAGAGGACCAGCGCCGCGGUUACGGCAUCGCCGUGUGGGGAGCUGGAGGCGCCGCUGGGGCCGCGAGCGCCGCUGGCGCCAAGCCGGCCGCGGCCCAGGCCGGCGGCGCUGGCCGUGUGGCGGCGGGAGCGCCCGCUUACGUGCCGGCCCAGCCGCCCGCGCCGGGGGCUCCCGGCGAGGGCGAGGACGGUGGGCCGGGCCCGGCGGCGCUCCAGGGCGACGAGUGCGUCAGCUGCGACGUCCGCCCGCCAGCGGGGCCGACGGUGCAGCCGGUGACGGUCGACACGGUGCGCUGGGUGGCGGCCGCGAGCGUGGUGUACCCUGGAGGCAGCGUGGAUCGAGGGGACGACGAGGCGAUCAGCGGGUCGGAGAUGGUGUCGGGCCGCAAGGGAGUGAUCGUGCUGAUGGGGGUAUCCGUGCUGAUGGGGGACGUCGGCGACGGCGAUGUGCAGGUGUACAGGUCGAGGGAGGCCCGUCAUGACGCGAGGCUGCUGAAGAUGCAGAGGGACUCUCGAGGUGACGGCCACCGCCCCUGGCGCGACGUCACGCGCGGUGUGAGCGCGGUGAAGCAGACGGACUGGCCCUCGUCGGGCCCGCAGACGACGGAGUGGUGCACAAGGUUCCUUGACCGUCGAAGUGAGGGGCCCGUGGGCUGGAGUUGGCGCUGGCGAGCCGACAGCAGGCUGGCCAUGGACCAGUGGGGCGUAUCCGAGCACGAGACGCUGGCGAAGGCCCUCGAGCGCUUGGGGACCCCCGACCAGUAUGACGUGGUGAACGUGGCGGCGGCGGAGUACAUCGAUCGACGGAUGCGGCUCAUCGAGUGCUUCUACUACGAGGUCUACUGGCAGGCGGACGGCAGCAAGCAUCAGGACAGGAAGGGCGGCAAGGGCGUGCGCCUGGAGGAGAUGGCUGGCCUCUCCGGGAAGCCGCGCGAGGACGGAGAGGUGAUGGUGGCGCCGGAGCUGCUGUCCUACUUCGCCACCGAGCUGGAGCGGGACUCUGGCAUCAGGAAGCAGAUGAGAGAAGCCCGCGAGGGACGGCGACUCGCGGGCAAGCAUGAGCGCAGCUUGGGCAUGAUCCAGGCUGCGGUAGCUGAGCUCGGACGGCCGCCCGCCGACCUGACUCGCCAGGGAGCCCUCGCGGAGCUCCUGGCCAAGCGCAGCUACACCGGCGAGAAGCUCGUGUACCCGCACCUGCGUGUUGUGCCGAUGGGGUGGAAUCACGCCUUGUGGUGGUGCCAGCGAGUUCAUGAAUUUCAUGCCUUUCGGCAGCCCGGCGUGUCCCUCUCUAACAAGCUCUCGGAUAAGAAACCCGGGGUGCGUCUGGGCCGCUCGGGGUUUGCUCGCACUGAAUACGUUGACAACUUCGCGGCCAUCGGGCGCCAGGCCAAGGAGGUCGACGCUGUGGCCGAUUCCGUUUUAGACGCCCUGACCGCCGCUGGGCUCAGCAUGCAUCCUCGUGAGAGCUCAGUCGGCGGGUCCGUCUUGGGAUGGGAAUUCAGUGACGAGUGCCCUCAGGUUCGUGUGAGCCCUCGCAGAGUGUGGAGACUCCGACUCGGCAUUGAGGGGCUCCUAGAGAAGGGCUUUGCUACAGGCAGGGACCUCGAGGCCAUCAUAGGGCAUUUCACGUUCGCCGCUCGAAUUCGGCCAGAGGCCCUGCGCGCGUUCUCCGCUGCGUACGCCUUCAGUCAGCGGGGGGUGCGGUGUACAGACGCCUCCCCCUGGGGUCGUGGUGUUUGCUUGGCUGAGCGUGACCCUCAGUCCAUCGCGGAGGCCGGCCGGUGGUCGGACCGGUGGCGCUUCUCGCGAGGGGCCGAGGAUCGCGUUCGGCCGAGAGACGCCUCGCUCCGUGAGGAGCUGAACUUAGCCGCGGCGGCCGGUCUGGACGACCUGGAUCGCGUCGGGACGGCUCGGCACCUGGAAGCCCUUGGCGAGGUGGAUCGGAGCGGGGCCGCCCCGGAGAUGGGGCCCGAAAUCCUUCAGGGAUCCUGGACCACCGUUUCGGCCGGUCGCUGGAAGCGCCGGGAGGCGAUGCCCAUCUUGGAAGGGCGCGCUCUGGUCUGGGGGGUCCGGCAUGCGAGCCGGGGUUUAAGCGAGUUUGGCAAGCGGAUCCUUUUUCUGACCGACGGGUUGCCCGAGGUCCUGGCCCUUGAGAAGGGCCGAUCGUCGAGCGUGGCCCUGAUGAGAGUGCGCAGGCAGUGGGCGGCGACGGUCUGCCUGAGCCGGAUGGCGACCGGCCUCCCGCGGCCACUCGCAGGUGCCCCGAUCCCGUCGGCCCCGUGGGAUGCGGUCCUGGCGACCGACAGCCUGGCGAGGCCGGGCGGGGCUGCGGAGCGGCGACCCGUCCAGGGCGAGCCGCCGACCCUGUGGCGAGCGGCGGCGCUGUCACAGGCUGGCGCGCGACCGCGCCCACCCCAUGGGCGGGCCCGGGCAAAGGCAGCGGCGAGACAAGCCAAGCCUCGGCCCGAGGAGCUGGCCACGAGGGGGGAGCGCGCCGCUGCCCGGCAAACGAAUUUCCCCGUGGACAAGCGGGCGACAGUCAGCGAGGGCCUCUCGCUGCUCGAGAGGGAGAGCGCGGGCGACCACGACCAGCGGGUCUACCAGUCGGCGCUCGUGGAGUUCAGGAUCUUCUCCGAGACCCUGGGCCUGCGCCUCGAGACCGCUCAGGACUACGACGAGGCAGCCGUGGAGUGGACCUACCCCGCUGUCUUCGACGGCAGCGACGCGCUGGAGGGGACAAGGCUCAAGGCGCGGCUGCUGUACUACUACCCGCGGCUCCUGUCCGUGGCUGGGCUGCCCCAGUUCAGCCGGGCGCUGAGGGGGUGGAGGCGGCCGGGGUCGCCGCGGAGCCAGCUGCCGCUGCCGGGGGAGGUCGCCGGCGCGGUGGCACACAGGCUCGCGGCAAACCAGGACCUGCACGCCGCCCGCCUCGUCUUUGUGAGUUUCGUGUUCGGCCUGCAGCCCGCGGAGCUGAUGUCGCUGACCGGGCGGCAAGUGGUGCCGCCGGCGCGGGCGGCCGGCCACGCUGCGCGGUCGCUCGUGCUGUUUCCGAUGGAGGAGGAGACGCCCAGCAAGGACGGCGCCUUCAACGAGAGCGUGCUGGGCGACUUGCCGUUCUGCCACCUCAUCGGGGACGUGCUGAAGCCGCUCGAGGCCGGCGUCAACGACAGGGACCUCGUGGCGCAGGUGCGGUACGCGCAGCUGGCGCAGGCGUUCGGCACGGCGGACCAGCGGCUCGGCCUCGAGGGCCCGCCGGGCCUGUACCAGCUGCGGCACGGCGGAGCGCCCGUCGACCUGGCCAGCUACCGCCGCAGCAUCGCGGAGGUGAGGGCUCGCAGCCGCUGGGCAAGCGACAGCUCGGUGACGGGGUACGGCAAAGGGGGCCGCGUCGCCGACCAGCUGAUCAAGUUGCCACCGCCGUUCCUCGACCACGCCAUCGUCCGCGCCAAGAAGAAUGGCGACGUCCUCUGCGAGCACUGCCGGCCUUUGCCGCCCGUGUUCAGCGGCUCCGGCAACUUCAGCCGGGCCUGGCGACGGCGGCAGCGCGCUCUGGGCUAUGCUAUUUUCGAGUGGGACAUCCGCUGGGGAGAGGAGUAUGACCUCACUCGCCAGCGGGCGCAGCGCCUGGUGCGAGGCUGGGUCAACAACGGGCUGAUUGCUGCCGUCUGGCUGGGCACCCCUUGCCACAGCUGGAGCCGAGCACGGGACAUUCGACCAGGGCCUCCGCCCUUGCGAAGUGACCUGCACGUGAUGGGGUUGCCCGACCUAGCGCCCCGUGACGCUGAGAAGGUUAGGAUCGGCAACGCCCUCAUGAAAUGUUCAGCCUCGCUAUUUUCUUUGUGCCAAGCC